AAGUACAACACUUUGUUCAUAUUUGACAAACUCAACACUUCUCCUGCCAAAAAGACUUGACAGACUCAACCCCACCCUGAAAACCUUUUAAAAGCCUUCACCUCCAUUCAUCUCGCUCCCCAACUCCCAAGCUCUUUCAGUUUUCUUGUUGUCAUCCAUUUCUCUUCAACUUUCUUCAAAGAAAAUCAGGAGCUGACAUUAUGGCAAAUGGAUAUAAUCAGCAUCUUAAUCACAAGGGAACUUUUUUGCCAAUGUUGUGCUCAAAACCAUCCAUUAAAGAUGUGAACCUUCCCAAAUGGCAAGACAGGUCUGCCUCUUUCUCUGAUGACCCUUUGUCUCCAAAGAUCAGUUGCAUGGGACAAGUCAAGAGAAGCAACAGGAUUGUUGGGUUUCCUGCUUCUCACAAACUCACUCUCACCACCAAGAAUAACUGCAAUAAUGGUAUCAAGUACUCCAAGCUCAAGAAGCUGUUUUCUGGCAAGAAUCUGACUAGCAGCCCUGCCCCAACCACCACCACCACAAAUACUACAACCAGUUGCAGAAGAAAAGAAGUGUUAGUAAAUAGUACAAGCCGGCCUGAUAAUGUUGAUGGAAAAGAGAAUUCUGCUUCAAUCAACAUCGAAAAUAUGGAUCCUCCUUUGCCUGUGGUCAAGAGAGUGCCAAAACAUGGUGAUAAAGGAGAUGGAGAUACUCUUUGGCAGAGAAGAUCGCGUGGGGUUGCAUUGAAAAGCUUACAGCUUCAACAGAUUCAACUUAACAGACAUCAAGAACCAACCACAGUUUGAUAAGAAAAAGAGAGAAAAAAAUAAGGUCAGAUAAUGCAAUAGGUGAUGUAUAUGGUUUGUUCUUAGAAUUCCAAUUUUGAUGAUUGUUGUUUCACUUCUGUAUUUCAAGAGAGGCAUCAAAUUAUGGUGAUGCUAAUCAAGAUGUAUACGAAUUAUUCAUCAAUGUUAAAAAAUUUAGGCUUUAAUCUCUCAAAAUUAUUGAUAGACCUACCACUAUAUUUUCUUGCCAAAAUCAACCGAGUAUCCAUUAGAUCAAGUUUCUAUAAUCAUUCUGAUAGCACGAUGUUGCUCAAUGUGAAGAGGGGACGGUGGGGCGGAGUGGGUUAUUAAUAAAUUCUAAAGCUUGAGGCCUUUGGCCAGUACAAACAUUUGGGUAACAAUGAUAGGGAGGACAAAACAAUGUGAAAUGGAUUUGUGAAUGGAACCGAAUAAUCAAGGGUGAUGCACGUACCAAAUCAAACAUCACCAGACAAAAGCAUGUCUCAGUACAAUAUUUUUUACUAUGUAAAACUGGAAGUUUACUGAGAAGCAAAAGGUAUAGGCGGUUUGUGGGCUAUUUCCAUAUGUGAAUAUGCAAGCAGCGGUUGUUAUUGUGAUUUAUGAGUUUUAUCUGUUUUUCUUUCUUUUCUUUCCUUUUUUUUAUUUUUUAUUUUAUGACAAUAUCGUUUUACUUUUCAAGAAGAUCCUAUAAAAGGAGAAGGCACUUUUUAUGUGCAGUCAGCUUCAGUAGCAACACAGUUAUGGAUGAAGUCUUGGCCUGUUUAUUAUCUGCAGACUGCUAAAUGGCCAGAGAUAGGUCUUAGGCCAACAACUCAUACAUUUGUGCCUUUUUCCAACAAAUCCCCUUUUGGCAGGCAAUCAGUGGGAGGCUAGCACAACAAUAGCUUCAAAAAAUAACAAUGGGUUUACAUGUUACACGGGCAAUCAAAGCUGUAUCCCUAGCUAUAACCUACAACUAGAUGAAUAAUUAAGGACAUUGGCUGGCUGUUAGACUAAGGGGUACAUUAGUUUCAUGUCCUAAAAGCAAGGCAUAAAUCUGUGGUCAUCAACUUGUUGUAAUAACUUAGGAUUGACGCCCGUGAAAGGUCUACAAUUCAGAGUCCGGAUAUAUAGUUUGCUAGGACUAGGAUACCUAGCAUCAACCCCUUUGAUUAUUGCCGGUGGAUAUCUAAGAUUGCUUAAAUCCAAUGAUAUUUCUAGACAACAGAAAAGAUAUCUAAUAUGUAAUGUUAUACAAAGAUUAGUUUUGCUUGUUUCAAUUCACCACAAAGAGACUAUUUCUUUCACAUCCAUUGUCAAAUUAACCAACAUGAAAAAGGGACAAGAAAGAAAAGAUAGACAAUAUCAAAACUAUUACUAAAUGAAUAUAACACCUCCACCUCCACCUCCCAAAAAAUAAAUAGUAUCAAUACUAUUAAUAAGUAGAGGGAAGAAUGGCACCCCUGGGACAAUUAACAGCAGAUGAAACAUCCACGUCGGAAAAUGUUUUCUGAGGAUAAA